ACGUCUGUAUGUGGCUAUAUAUACCCUCUUGAAGCUCAGAGCCUUCGUGAAGCGGAGUAAGGCACACAGGCUGGGCUCAGCUCAGCUCAGCUAGCUCGCUCAAGUAAAAUCACCGUUUAAUUAUCCCAGCCGCGGCUCCGGGCGUAGGCGAUGGCGGACUGCAUGCAGGAGUGGUCGGAGCCCGUCGUUCGAGUGCAGGCGCUCGCCGAGAGCGGCCUGCCCGCCAUCCCGCGCCGCUACGUCAAGCCGCCGUGCGACCGUCCCGUGGUCCAGGAGCAGGAGCCCUCGGACGACAUCAGCAUUCCGGUCAUCGACCUCGGGGAGCUGCUUGCGGACGGCGCCGGCCUCGGCAACGUCACCGAGGCCGUCGCGGCAGCGUGCCGGGAGUGGGGGUUCUUCCAGGUGGUCAACCACGGGGUGCGGCCGGAGCUGAUGCGCGCGGCCCGGGAGGCGUGGCGGAGCUUCUUCCGCCUGUCGGUCACGGAGAAGCAGCAGUACGCCAACUCCCCGCGGACGUACGAGGGGUAUGGCAGCCGGCUCGGCGUCGAGAAGGGCGCCAUCCUCGACUGGGGCGACUACUACUUCCUCCACCUCGCGCCGGAGUCGGCCAAGAGCCCGGCCAAGUACUGGCCGGCCAAUCCAGGCAACUGCAAGGAGGUGUCGGAGGAGUACGGGCGUGAGGUGGUGAGACUGUGCGAGCUGCUGAUGCAGGUGUUAUCCGUGAGCAUGGGGCUGGACGAGGCACACUUCCAGCAGGCAUUCGGUGGGGCGGAGUGCGGCGCGGCCCUGCGCGCCAACUACUACCCACGGUGCCCGCAGCCGGACCUGACGCUAGGCCUCUCUGCGCACUCCGACCCCGGCAUCCUCACUGUGCUCCUCGCCGACGAGCACGUCCGCGGGCUGCAGGUCCACCGCCGCGGUAGCGCUGGCGAGUGGGUCACUGUGCAGCCUAUCCGCAACGCCUUCAUCGUCAACGUCGGUGACCAGAUCCAGGUCAUCUACCGUCAGCAAGGACUUUCCAUAUUUGAAUUUCAUGUGGGCACUAGUCCACGCUACUUCAAUGUCCGUAGACUUCUUCGCUGGUACAAUGACCUUCGAGCUCUUCGGCAUGUGCUUCUUAAAGCCUUUCUUCUCGACCUUCUUUUCAUUCUUCUUUGGGCUCUUUGGGGGAGACUUCAUUGGAGCUGGAAGAAAGGCUGCUGGAUGUGGAGGAAGCUGCCUUCUUUGGAAGUGAGGGGCAUGAUGGCGGUGCACUUGAAGCUCGUCCAAACUGUGAUGCACUGGAGACCACGAUGUCGUCCGUCUUCCACUGGAUCCUUUGCCGAAGAGCUUCAUUUAGAGUUGUGAAUUCAUCAUUAGGGGGGUGGGGAGCUCUAAUACGUGAUCGGUGGUAUUACUAUGUACUAUGUUCACCGUAACCACGAUAUAGCCAGCACAUAUCAGGACCGUAUGUAAGAUACAGAUGACUGGAAGCACCUGACCCCUUGCAACCUUGAUGAGAUACCCGCCAGGCCUUAUUACAAGAGUGCAGGGUGUGGGCCCUUCCAGCAGAUCAAUAGUAUCUGGUUCAGUCA